GUGGCGUUUCAAAGUCCCAAGUCGGCUCGGCCUCCAUACUCCAUAGAGCUUCGCCUCAGUGUUUCGUUGGAUACCAUCGGGUAUCAAGUCGAGCGCGUGUAGUGUGUAGUCCGGCUUCCCAGUGUUGAUGUAGUAGUGGAUAGGUGCUGCAAAGCCGCGAUAAUAGUGUAUUGUUUUUUACCUUCUGCGAAAAACCGACCGACCCGAACUGCGCCCGGUUUUCAGUUUUAAGGGCGUUUCGAUCGUGCCGACAGUGUGACCGAUAGUGACAGACAUGAAGAAUAAAAGUAAAAAUAAAGUUGAUAGCAAGACCGCUUCGGAACAGCUGAUCAUAACCGAGCAGAGCAAAUCCAACACCAUGGAAAAACCUCCGGUGGACAAGAAGAAGCUGGCUGCUCUGGAGAAAGAGAGGCUGAAGCAGGAGAAGAAACUGCAGGAGAAAAUGAAAAAGGGCAAAACCUACUGCCAGGCCUGCAAGAAGAAAUGUUCGGGAGAGGUGCUUCGAGUCCAAGACAAAUACUUUCACACGCAGUGUUUCAAGUGUAAGGUGUGCGGCAAUUCCCUGGCACAGGGAGGUUUCUUCUCCAAAGAUGGGGCUUAUUAUUGUACGGCCGAUUACCAACGGAAUUUCGGCACCAAAUGUGCUGCUUGCCAAGACUAUGUCGAGGGAGAGGUCGUAACUGCCCUGGGUAAGACUUACCACCAGAAAUGUUUCACUUGCGCCAGAUGCAGACAACCCUUCCCAUCUGGCGAGAAGGUCACUUACACUGGCAAAGAGGUGCUCUGCCCUAAAUGUGUUCAAAUACCCAUUCGUGAUGCCACGCCUAAAACGAGCCCCACCACCAAUAGCGUUAAUGAGUGUGCAGGCUGUAGAGAAGAACUGAAGGAGGGGCAGGCGCUGGUGGCUCUGGACCAGCAGUGGCAUAUCUGGUGUUUCAAGUGCGGUACCUGUGGUGUAGUGUUGCACGGUGAAUAUAUGGGUCGCGAUGGUGUCCCCUACUGUGAAAGAGAUUACCAAAAACAGUUUGGAGUAAAGUGUGCCUAUUGUAAUAGAUUUAUUAGUGGGAAAGUUUUGCAGGCUGGCGACAACCACCAUUUCCAUCCGACGUGCGCCCGUUGCUCAAAAUGCGGGGACCCAUUCGGGGACGGAGAGGAGAUGUAUCUGCAGGGCGGCGCCAUAUGGCACCCCCGAUGCGGACCGGGCCCAACAGAAAACGGCCAGAUCUUGAACGGAACGGGAGAGGCGAACGGCAACUGCACCGAUACCGACGUGUCCAUAAGGGACUAUGACAGGCAUAGUACUUCUGGUGUUAGCGAAUUGCAGUUUUCCAUGAGAUCCCGUACCCCUAGCUUGAACGGUUCAUUGUAUAGCCCCACAAGCAUGUCUAGAAAGCACUACAGUUACCGUACGCCAUCGCCCGGUUUGAUAUUAAGGGAGCCCAAGUCGGCCAUGUUAUCGGAUGAUAUUUCUAGGAUAUACACGUAUAGUUACCUUACCGAAGAACCAACGCUAGGAUACCUAAGGAGACCCAUCAAUCCGUACGACAAAGCCCCAACUUCGCCACAUUUCCACAGACCCACAUCACAAAAUUCUCUGAGGGGAAGCUUCGGGGCCGGAGGUAAGAGGUACGGCUCCCGAUCGGCCAUGAAAGUCUUAGUGGACUCGAUACGUAGCGAAACGCCAAGGUCUAAAUCUCCGCACAUGAACAAUGAGGAACCCAUAGAGCUGGCGCACUUCCCAGGGGCCAAGCCCCCAAUACCCGGGGAACCUACUAAGAUUGAACGGGACGACUUUCCAGCCCCUCCUUACCCAUACACGGACCCCGAACGCAGGAAACGGUGGUCGGAUUCGUAUAAAGGCGUUCCGGAUUCUGACGAGGACGAUCUGGACGGGCUGACAGCCAAGGAGAUCGAGGAUUUGAAGCUGAAGAAGGAGGAAGAGGAGCUGAGUAAGAUAUCGAGCGGUAUAGGGAAGGUGUUUUUGAAAAAUGUCCAGGAGAGGGAGAAGCUUAAACAGUGGAAGGCUGCGCAUUUAGAUCCGAGGAACGCCUCGAGGACUCCAUCGGCAAACAAAGAACCGCAGUACAGGCUACGGUACGACAGCCCGAUCGGCGCGAGCCCUUCCAGAAACUUAGACCACCCAAGGCCAUUCGACGACGACGAUUUUGACAGAUCUUUGAGCUGCCGUUCCUCGAUGGGUAGAUCAAUAGGGGCCAUACCUAAUUACAACGUUGUGAGUGCGCUACGACACGUUCCUAAACCCGGAUAUGGUCUGGCGCCCCGAUCUCACACGUUCAGUUCGUCCGCUGGUAGUUCCGUUCCUCAAAUCCCCGGUGAUUAUUCAUUUAGUGGAAUGGGUGCUAAAACUCAUAGUACUGACUUCAGUUGUGGAAAAUCAGAUAUUUCCACUGGAUCCAUCACAGAUGUCGAAAGACGCGCCCUGAACUCAGACAUGCCAAUGUCAACAACGUACACGGGAGGGCUGGGUCGGUACCCGGGAGGGUACGCGUCACAAGUACGACGCUCCCUUCCAAACAUGGCGCACACGAUGCUGAUAAACGAGCCGGCAAAAAUCUACCCCUACCACUUGCUUGUGAUCACUAAUUACCGACUGCCCGCCGACGUAGAUAGAUGUAAUCUAGAGAGACAUCUUUCGGACCAAGAAUUCGAAGUACUCUUCCAGCUGUCGAGGAUGGAUUUCUAUCGGUUACCGCAAUGGCGAAGGAACGAACUGAAGCGCAGAAUCCGCCUGUUCUAAAUUCACCCAACAAACAUUCGCACUAAAUUAGCUUAUUACCUGUUGCUUCGCUAUAAUCUCUGAACAGCAAACAGUUAGCGAGAGACGCGUUCGUCGGGCAGCUUGACGUCUGACAGCUUCUCAAGAGAGGCGCCGCGAAUUUUGAGUUUGUCAUAAAACUGCUCUACAGUUCCUUUACGAAUUUUUGUUUUUUAUUUUAAUCAUGUAAUUUUAUUUCCGUGUUUUAAUUUCGACUGGACGAGAUUUGCCAUAGAAUAGGUUAGGGAUUUAUGACGAACGGAAUCGACGGCAAACUGUAAACCUUAGAUGUCGCAUUACUACAAAUUUUAUUCGGAAAGUUUUUAAUUGAGGAUGAAAUGGACGGAAAGAUAUUUUUAUACGGUAUCCUGUUUUUAACCUUGUCUAAUUUUAAAUGAAUCGGAACGAUAAUUAUUUGAAGAGAGAGAGUGGCUUCUACAAAAUAUUUCUUUUAGGUCGUAAGUGUAUCUUUAGUGUUAAGGAUAAAAUUAAAAAAAAAAAAGAUUUUUAAACUGGCAUUAUUUAGAUUGCUUUAAUAGAAAUAUUGCUUCUUUGGGCUAGUCGUAAUUCUUUUGGUACAAUUAAUGCUGAUAUGGUGUAUAUUUUUAUAUUUAUUUAAAAAAUAUUUAGGGGUUGUAUUCUUUUGUGAUUAAGAGAUAUAUGUCAGCUGUAUCUGCGCAAGAUUUCGAGUUUUGGUUCAGCCAACGAGAAUGCCUAAAUGCAGUAAAACACCGUUUAACGCAGUUUUUAAAUUUAGUUUGUAGGAUACGAAUACAUUGUAUUAUUGUGUUUUAAAGAUUGUAAAUUGUUUUAUUCUUUUAGUUAUCCGAUAUUUUAAUAUAUUUAAAUUGUUAUAAACCGUAUUUAUUCAGUUUUGAGGUACCUACUUGAGCAUUAGUUUCUUAGAUUUGUUAAGCACAGCUCCAAUAAAUAUCGUAAAAGUAUG